AUGUCCGUUCCUACCCCACACAACGAAGCAAAAUUAGGCGACUACGCCGAUACCGUCUUGGUCGCUGGUGACCCCCUCAGAUGCAAGUUGCUUUCAGAGAAGUACCUUACUGAGGUAAAACAAGUCAAUGGCGUUCGUGGGGCAUUGGGAUUCACAGGACUUUACAAAGGGAAGCGCGUGAGUAUUCAAAGCCACGGCAUGGGUAUGGCUUCAAUUGGAAUAUACACCUACGAGUUGUUCAACUUCUACAACGUCAAAACAAUCAUCAGAAUCGGGUCGGCUGGUGCGAUUGAUCCAGAACUCGACAUCGGAGAUAUCGUCAUCGCCUCUGGUGCUUGCCAUAACUCUAACUUCAUGAGCCAAUACAAACUCCCUGGCUCAUAUUCACCUAUCGCAGACUUCGAGUUGACUCGAAGAGCAGUUGAUGAGGCCGAGAAACAAGGAGCCAAAUACAAAGUUGGUAACAUCUUCUCUUCUGAUUGUUUCUAUGAUGACGCAUUAUCGUUGAAGGAAUGGAGUAAGAUGGGUGUGUUGGCAGUUGAAAUGGAAGCUGCUGCCCUUUACGCCAUCGCUGCAAGAGCUGGAAAGAAGGCACUUUGCAUUUGCUCAAUCUCAGAUUGCCCAUUCAGAAAUGUCGCAAUGAGCGCAGAAGAUAGACAGACUAAAUUCACAAAGAUGAUGGAGGUCGCUUUGUCACUCGCUUAA